AUGGAGGACAACCCCAAGGAUGAUAGUGCCGCGAAGGGACAGGAAUCGAUUUCAUACCAACGAAGAAUGUGGAAGAAUUUCCAAGACAAAACCAAACCGUUUUUGAGCCCCAAACUGGGCUCUGGGCGUCGCAGUCCCGACAGUAAAAAGGAGACCGGGUUAUGGAUGUUUAAAAGGAAAAAGAAAGAGUUAGACCGUUUCUUUUCGUCCUCACAGCCCAAUCUCUGCUGCCCUACCCCGACGCCUUUCCCGGCUGACCAGUCCCUCGAUGGUAGAGCGCCUGGGAGCAGCAGCACCGGGCAACCUCUGCAUCAGCUACUGGGGGCUGAUAGAGCGUCCGCGAGCAAGCCAGAGCUAACGGGACAUGACAGCCCGAAGCUCAUCGUCUCCCAUUUAAUCCUGUCCCAUCAGAAGAGCUCCUCUCUCGGCUCUGCAUGCUUCGAGAAGCUGGUAGUAGAAUCUUCGGUCGUUGGAGAGGAGGAACAGUUGCGCAAAAACGCCAGUGAUUCUGCAGUGAUCAUCCUCAACCAGGAGAUGGUGGAGUCGUGGCGUUGGAGACACAGGAUGGCCAAGGAUGACUUGGUGUACGGGUGCCUGGAUAAUGAGGAAGGGAAGGCUUUCAUGUUGCAGGGGUACCACGGUGAUGGUGCGGAGCGCCGGCUCAUUCCAUCCGCUGGAUACUGCCACUGUACGGAAGAUGGUCGUAGCCCAUUCCAACGCCCGCCCGGUCAGCAGGGAUAUAACCAUGGCAACCUUGGAACGCUCAGUGGUGGGGGCACCCACUUGAUGAGUGAAAUAGAGGGAGCACUGGAGGAGGAAGCCACGGCAUUUGGAUGGAGUCCCGUCAUAUUUGUCCAGGAGGGACAAAUGGGCAUCGCUGACCUGGGCAGACUGCUGAAUGGGCUGGGGUGCUGGCUCACUGGGUCAACUCAUGGUACAGGAUCCUCUGCUCGUUGA